UUAUAAAAUUAAUAUGUACUUUAAAGAGACAAAAUUAUAUUAAUUAUCAAAACAUAAAACGAUUUUUAAUUCUGCGUUUCGAUACAUAUUAAGUAACUAUAGGUAUACAUAUCUCCAUUGUUCAAUACUAAUAUCAUAUGUUAUCCUGUGAAACCAUCUUUGAAACCUUGUGUCAUAUUUUAGUUAUUUGAAUAUUAUGCGAAGAUAAUAUAAUAACAAUGUUUUACUAUAAUUAUAAUAAAAAGAAUUGUUAUUAGAGAAAUGGCAUUUAUAUCUACUAAUAAAAUACAAGAUUUUUAUAAUAUAAUAAUCACUAUAUGUAAUGUAAUAAUUCUAGCGACUGUUUUUAUACUGAUUGCGUUUGUUUCAAUUGUAUUCGAAAGCAUUAUUUGGGUACUUAUUAUAUGUUGUCUCUAUAUAACAAGUAUCUUUUAUGGACUUGUUAUAUUAGAGUAUAUAGGUGUGGAUUUGAAGGCAUUAAGUGAUACUUUUAAACCAACUUAUGAAAUUAAAGAUCCAUGCAGUGUUUGUAGUAAUAACAGUUGCAAGAGGCAUAAAUUGUUACCACAUUCAACUAAAGUGAAAAUUCCCAAAGAUUUUGACCAUGCUUUAGAACAACUUUUGGAAGAUCUAUUACAGAAAUAUGUUUGCGCGUGGUAUUCGAAUUUUUCAACGAAUGAAGCGUUCGUACAACAACUUCGUUUGGCAACAGCCACAGCAACGAAAAAUAUUACAGUGCGAUUGCUUCGCACAGACGUCCCUAAUAUCGUCUUUUAUCACUUAAUACCCUUAAUAUUGCAACAUGCUCAAGAUUGGAAAACAUUACGUACGAAAGUGAAAGAUAUAUCGGACACGUCUUCCUUUAGAAAUCAAUUAAUCGAUCACUUCGGUUGUGAAAUACAUCCAGCCAGUUAUUCGCGUAAAGCAGAGUUAAAUUAUCUCAGAGGAGUAGUAACUGCAAUUAUACCACAUCUAUUGCCAGCUAUUCAUGUAUCUAUUAACAAUAAAGUUAUACUUCGUGAAAUUUUAGCUAAUUGGAUUUUGUUGCCAGCAAUAGAUGCUAUUGCUGAUCCAGAUAACAUAAAUGCAUUAAUAACUUUGGCUACUCAUCAUGAAGAUUCAAUAUGUAGUCAUAUAGAUGCGAUUAAUGUGCCAAUGUUGCAAUGCUGGGUGACAAUACCAUUAAUCUCUAAAAUUAUGCAGAAUCAUUUGAAACCUUCAUUGGAUGAAAUUUUGAAUGAUCCUCGAUUAUUAUAUAUGUUUAUGCAACACAUUAAAGAAACUGGACCAAUGAAUCUUUUUCAAUUCUGUUUAGAUAUUGAUGAUCUGAGUAAGCGUAUGUUAAAUCCAGAUAUGAGUUUGAAUGCAGAAAAUAGUUUGUAUACAGAUAUUCAAAAUAUGUAUGCAACAUAUUUAGAUCCUGAUGGUCCAGAAUAUUUACAUUUACCAGAAGAUAUAUCAAUAGGGAUAAGACAAAUUCUUGAAAAAGGUUCAAAGAAGAUUCAGGAAAUGAGAACUUCACGACCAUUUUAUCAAGCACAUCAGGAGGCACAUGCUUUAUUAGAAUCUACUUGUUUACCAUCUUUCCAUCAUAGUUAUCAAUUAUAUGAUUUAUUAUGUGGACAAGCAGUUCCAAGUCGAAUAAAACAGAUAUCAUGUACAAGUGUUACUAGUGGAUCUACAAAUGUAUCUUCAAAGAUAGGGAAUCAUUUUCCAAAGAUCGAUGGUGUAUUAAGAUCAUCUACAAUAGAUGGAAUGUCCUAUCAAGAUAUAUACCAAGGUGAAGAAAUAGAUUAUCCUUCUCGUCCUUACAAUGAAAUCAAGUAUUCGGAUGAUAGUUUUCACAGGGAUUUAACAACAUGGCGAAUUAGUAUUCCACACAUUGAAACUGGAGAUAAUCAAACAUUAUACGUAAUAGCUGUACAUAAUAUUGCCGAAGGAAAAUCUUGGACAGUUUUACGUCGCGAUCAAGAUUUUUAUGUUUUACGAACACGAUUAGCUGAAUUUCAUGGAGAUAAAGAAUUAAGUGAUUCACCAUUACCUUCAAGAAAAAAUCCACAUUCAUCUUGUGCUAUUAAUAGACAACGCUAUGAAGAUUUUUUGGAAAAAUUAUUAUCAAAGCCAGUGCUUAGAAGUAGUGAAUUAUUAUAUAAUUUCUUGACUGUGCCAAAUUUAAAACCUUACUUUACAAAUUAUAGUACACCAGAUAUUGGUAUAUUAUAUCAAAAUAUGGCAUAUAAACUACGAAAAGAGAAAGGACAACAUUUGGAUAAAUUUAUGUCGGUAUUUUUGGCUUCCACUAAUAUCAAAAAUGAUUAUAUGGAUAUUGGAAUUGAACCAUCAAGCGAUUCAACAAUAAAUGAAAUAGAAAAAAAAGGACAUCGUGAUUUAUUGUUCGGAAUAUUUGGAAACAAUCUUAAUUUAGAUCUUAAUUUUCGGACGUUAUCUUCUUCAUUGGAACGAUCUCAUAUUAAGAGUGAAUCUUUUCGUGUUGUAGGUGCUGUGAUCAGGUUAUUGAAUGUACCAUCAAUAAUUUCACGAAUUUUCUGGAUGUUUAUUUCAUCAUCACAAUCAGCAAAGAUGGAUCCAUAUGCCAAUAUUCUACUCUAUAAUGUGUUAGCAAAACUUUUAAGCAGUGGCCGUGCAGCUACUGUGGUAAAACUUUUGCACGCAAAAGUAAUGGAUGAUAAAAAUCACACAAAGGAUUCAUCUUUUCAAAUUAAUCGUCGAAAUUACUAUGAAACAGCAAAAAAAGGAUUGUAUGGUUUGUUACCUUAUUGGUUAAUGGGAUUUUAUAAACCAUGGAUUGAAAUAAUGGAUUUCAUUUUGGAUUCAUUACAAAAUGGACCUUUUAAUAAACAUCUGGCAUAUGUUUUGCUAGAUCAAAUUUUAAUAAAUAUAUUUCCCGAACUUACAGUUUGACUUACAUAUAAAAUGAAAUAUAUAUACGUAUAGUAGAUAGAAAGUAAGAUAAUAAAUUAAGACAUUAAAUGGCGAUAUCCAUUAACAUCCAACUGUUGUUAUGAAAUCUAAAUAGAAGAAGUGAAGUAAAAAUUCUUAAAAUUCUUAAAUUUUUUUAUAAUUAUCAUGUUAAAGAUAAAAUAAUAUAAAUUAAUUAAAAAAAUUACAAAUGAAAGAUUGCAUUAAAAAAACGUUGGAUUUCAAUGGAUUAGAUCUUUAUUAUCUCUUGAUUGAUAAUAAUUAUCAUGUUAAUAAUAAUUAAUCUGUUAAAUAUUAAAACGCGUAUAUACUUUGAAACAAGAAAAAACAGGAGUUUACAUCAUAUUGACUUGAACAAGAUUCAAAAUUUCCAAAAAUAUUUCUUAGAUUUAAAAUAUAUAAAUAUUACAGAUAGAUUUUGUGACUGUGAUAUAUGUCUUUACAAUUAAAAAUAGUGUACA